AUGGGACUCGCGCAGACGUAUGGCCAGCUGAUAAGCGUGGCGGGUUCCGCCAUGAUCACGAAGGCAAUGGGCAGUGAACAAGAUCAUCGCACCAUUGCAAACACCCGAUUGCACCGUGGUGAUGUACUUCUGGCAGGUGGAAGGUCCAAAAUGCGCAGAAUUAGUCUGAUUUUACACCAACUGCGGCAGAAAUGGAGGUGCUAUGCUGGACAUGCAUACACGAAUGCGCAGAGCUGCGAUCGAGUAGCCGGUCAACCGCACGUGUUAAAGAAACAGGAGUGCUUGAACGGAUGUGAACCCGCGGCUACUACAACGCGAGUCUUAGAUACCAUGGUACAGGUAAAGGUAGGCCUGCGCACAUCGAUAGUGCCUUAUACCAACGGCAUGGACGAGAUAAGCAAACGUUUAGGAGUUCAUGCCCUUACGUGA